AGCUCCUAUACGAUUGGCUUUUCCUUUGCUUGGGAGCGGCUUCUUAUCACUAAGCUCUGUCCUACACAAAGGAUUUCCGUUCUUCCUUGUUUCGGUAAAGCGCGAUCUUGCAGUCCUCCCUUGUCCAAUCUGUUGGUUGGUCAUUGCAGAACCAGUCUGUUGCAUCAUCUAAGAAACCAUUUCGUGGACACUGAAGUGGUUUAGUUAAACGACAAUGAAUGUAGACCAUGAAGUUAACCUGCUCGUAGAAGAGAUUCGACGACUCGGUUCAAAAGGUAUAUGGAAUGGCUUGGGAGCAGCCGAGGGAUUGAAGCACCCUAUGGAAGUAUGUAAUGAUGGAAAGCUAAGCGUGAAAUUUGGUGUGUUGUUUUCUGAUGACAAAUGUGCCAACCUAUUUGAAGCUUUAGUAGGAACUCUGAAAGCUGCCAAAAAGAGGAAGAUCGUAACAUAUCAAGGAGAGCUUCUUUUACAAGGAGUGCAUGACAAUGUAGACAUAGUACUUCUGCAGGAUUAAAAUGUCUUUGCUAAUGCCAUUGGGACUUCCCUAAAUCCUUCAGGAUAGAAAAAUUGUUUCAGGCCAACUGUAAACAUAAUCAAAUGACAAAAUAUACUUUUUUAUCUUGUAUAUUUCCAAGAUUGUAAUUUUGAAAACGUUCUAUUUUUUGUAAAUUGAAAUGCCAACGCUAGCAAAAAAUAAAACGGUUAAAAACACUUUGAUAAAA